AAUGUGUCUGUAAUUCAUUUAUCAAAAGUGAUGUGGAGAAAGUGAACGAAAAUUUUCAAUUCAAAAUUACAUAUUACAAUUAUUUUGUCUCUUCGGCGUUGCAAAUUCAAAAUUACGCAUUCAAAAUAACUCGCAAAUUUUUGAGCACUCGAGUAAAGGAAAAUCAUAAUCCGGUACGAGGGAAUCCGCUCGAUAAAAAUUAACUUUAAUAAAUGUGUUUGAAAAGUUGAAAAAAUAUAAAAACUAAAUUAAGCAAAUCCGCUGUUUUAAGUGAAAUUCCUCCGAGCAUACACGAAAACCAAAAAAAUAUUCACACAACCCAAGGUUGGUCAGCCCAGACACAUUCAGCAUGCCAGUGAUCUUGAAGAAGCGCAGCAAGAAACGCAUGAAGAAAAUCAUUUCGCAUGUAAAGUUCCAGAAAUUGAUUGUGCCGCGGCCGGAUGUGCUGCACGGCUACCUGCGGCACGAGGAGAUCAAUCGCUAUUUGGAAUAUCUGAAGAAUCGCUACAGUUUCGUGCAACUGCAUGUGCUCGGCCUAACACACGAGCGUCGUCAAUUGAAGGCAAUCGAAAUCGACUGGAAUAGCGAGCAGAAUUUGGAGGCCGUCGAACGUGAACGUACGCGACGCAUGCUUUACGACAAGUCCGCAGUCACGCCACUGCCACAAAGUGUAAAGCCCGGCUCACAGGGCCGCAACACGAUCUUCAUAGAGGCCGGCACGCAUGCGCGUGAAUGGAUCAGCGUAGCGGUGGCCUUGAAUUGCAUCUACCAGUUGACGGAGAAACAUCUGCGCAAUUAUGAGUUGCUGCGCAAGUUGCGCUUUAUCAUUGUGCCCGUCACGAAUCCCGACGGUUAUGAGUAUACGUUCGUGAAGAAUCGCCGUUGGCGCAAGAAUCGUCGACCCAUUCGUCAUAGCCGUCACAUUGGUACCGAUUGUAAUCGCAAUUAUGACUUUCACUGGGAAGAUGGACCCUCGAAGAGCGGUCGCAAUACGUUUAAGGGUCUGAAACCGUUCUCCGAGCCGGAGACACGCGCCAUGCGCAACAUUCUGCGCAAACAUAAGGAGAAUUUAUUAUUCUUUUUGUCGCUGCACUCGUAUGCGGAGAGCAUUAUGUACCCCUGGGGAUAUAGCAAAGACCUACCCGAGACAUGGCAGAAAUUGGAAAAACUAGCGCUAGCGGGUCGCAAUGCCAUAAAGGCCUACAAUGGCCGAAGUUAUCGCGUCGGCAGCAUAGCAAAAUUAACGAAACGCCGCAUAUCCGGCUCGAUUGUGGACUACGUUUUCGGCGUAAUAAACGCGCCAUUGGCGUUGGUUAUGGAAUUGCCAUCGCAAGCUUUGGGUUUUCAGCCGCCAGCAGAGUCAAUUAGCCCGAUUGGGCACGAGAGUUGGUUCGGCAUACGUGAGAUGUGCAAAAUGGCGUAUGACAUAGAGGCGCCCUUUUUGAAAUUGGAGGCGACGUUAUUGGCGAAGGCGCUGACUAACGCUAGACAACCGUUGCAAGAAGCCGACGCAGCGUCGAAUAAACAACCGCUCUACAGAGCGCUGAUGCCCGCCAUCAAAGCUGAACAAGUGCUGAAGAACACGCAAGUGCCUGUAAAGGGUUGAAUACACUCAUACAUACAAAUUUAUAGAUUUAUCAUAUUUACGAAUUUCUUCUCAAAUUUAUAAUGCAAUUUCGAUUAUGUAAUAAGUAAAAAAAUAUUUGUGGCAUUUCAAGUUGUCUUUUUUUAUUUAUUUACUAAUACCCAUAAGUAACUAAUAUACUACACUUGCAUACAUAUAGCAUUAGGGCGUUCGUUAUUUCCCCCAAGCUGAUUUUUGUGCGCUGAAAAGUUGUAUUAAGUUGCCGUGAUGCUUGUAAUACCCAGAAGGAAACAACGGAUACCCUAUGAGCUAUCUGUCAGUAUAUACCCAAAUUGUUUUCUCAGUUGUCUCAGAUAUCGGACACUAGAGCAUAUAGUUGCCAUACAAUCUGAUCCAUCCAAAUUAAGUCCCUCUAUGGAAAACUUUUUUAUUUUACAAGAUAUCUUCACGAAAUUUUGCACAGAUGAUUACCCAAGGUAUCGCUAUAAUCUCUGAAAGAAUUGUUCAGAUUGGAUCACUAUAUCAUAUAGCCGCCAUACAAACUGAUUGAACAAAAUCAAGUUAAAAAUCAUUUUACACCCUUUUAUGCUAUAAUAAAUGUACCUGUGUAUGGUAUUAUAACUUCGGUGCAGUCGACGUUAACAUUUUUUCUUGUUUUCAAAUUAAACUCUAAUUUUUUUGCCUUACCCGCAAUAUGCGAUUUUUUGUUCCUUUGCAAUAAAUUGCUUAUCUCCAAAACAAAUAAACCUACAACUUUGAAAAAAUUAUAUUCUAAAGCAAAAUUCUCCGGUCUAAAGAAAAGUCUUAAUAAGUAAUUUCAUAAAACCAUGCGUUUGAAAGUUAUAUGCAAUCAAAGUUAGACCUUCAUUUAUUCAUUCAUGAAAGUGCCUUGCAAAUUCUGUGUUACUCAUACGACAUGGUGUACUCAAACUUCAAUGACAGUCAGCCUAAUUUAUAUGUAAGCCUUGUAUAUUUGUUUGAGAUUAAUGCAAUUCUAUUAUUUGCUAUAAAUUGUGCUCGCUGAAAUAUUUCGUGUGAAAAAUUGUAAUAAAAUCGCGACUGCUUCACAAACAUUUCCGCAUUUUUGAUUUG